AUGGUAUCAACACUUGACAUUAUUAACUUUGCAGUAAGCCUAUGCCAUGAACGUUUAACGCCUUGUUGCCGUUGGUGUAAAUGUUGUGAUUUACUGGGCAGUCACGUUGUUGGCUCAAGCUCUGGAUUUUAUUGUUCUAGAUGUUUGGACUUUUUGAAGUUGAAUCCCUCAGAACAAGUGAAUACAAUUGACACCAGUAACAUUAAGCGUUAUCUUGCAUCUUUUAUAGACUUGGAUCCUGGUUUUCUAACAGAUGAAAUUGAAUGGAGCAAAAAUGCGCUUAAUACUAUUAAGUCUAUGUCUAAUAAUGGGAAUGAAUCAAUUUUAGAACCUUUAUAUGCUGUAUGUUUAUCAUUGCAAGGAAGACACAAAGAGGCUUUGAACAUUGCAUCCGAUAUCAAGUUAAGAGAGAUUAUUGUCACUAAGUUUUGGGACAAAUUGAGCGUUCAUUAUGAGUUAAUUAGAGGAGAGAUGGCGCAGUGGAGAACCUCUAAAGAAAGCUUGAUCGAAAUUACGAAUCAGUUGUAUAAUUUUAAUAAUGUCAUUCAACAUUUAUUGACAUUUAAAAAACCGUUGGACUCCACUUUCAAAAUUACACUUGUGGGAGGCUCAUCAGUAGGUAAAUCAACUGUUAUCAACAGUAUUCUUGGAGGACUAGUUCUACACUCUGAUGUUUUACCAUCAACUAGUGGAGUUAUUAUUUGUGAGAAUGGUAACAAGGUGGAGUAUUAUCGUCUAUCCCAACAACUUGAACGAGUUACUGAGCUAGACGAACAAAGCUUUUCUAGUGAUGCUAAUUUCGAUUCAGAUUUCAGUGAGGAUUUGAAUGACGAAUUUGAACAAAAGAUAUUCAGCAUUCAGCUUCCAGGAUAUGAAUUAUUACAACUUGAUAUUAAUCUAUGUGAUACUGCUGGCAUAAAUCAAAAGAAUUGUGAGGCAAUAGAUUCAAACACUUUGGAAUUUGUUGAAAACUCAGAUGUCGUCAUUUGUGUUGUUGAUUUUACAAACAUUCAAUAUCCAGAUCGAGAUAUCAAUAUUUCCAAGAAUAAGCUUUUCCAACAAAUUGAAAAGUUUAUGGUUGUUAAUAGUGAAAAGUUUAAGAAAAAGAUUGCGAAUAGUCAUAUAAUUUCUUCUGAUAUCAAAGACAAACUUUACUUUGAAGAUAUAUUGGAUGUGGGAGAAUACAAUGAAAGAGUAGUUUCAAGAGUAGUGAAUUGUUUACUUCUGAGAUUAGUUAAUAUUCAAUCUAUUCAAUUGCUUUUCCUUACUAAGCUUGGAGAUUUCUUGCAUUAUGAUUUUGCAAAUCCCAAAAAUGAACUCCCUAAUCCAGUAGAUCAAAAGAAUGAUAUUAUCGAAAGAUCCAAAUUGACUAAUUUUGGAUUUUGGGAAUCAACUAUUUCUUCUAAAAUAAGAAAUAUUGGAGGAUUUUUCAGCCUCCUUUUCCAGCUUAAACAGCCUCAUUUCGGGAAUGGAGAGAGGAAAAAGAAAGUAGGAAAAGAUGAUAUUGAUCAUCAAAUCGACUCUGUAGUGAGAUUAUUUCCGGAUAUCAUGUUGAGCAAGAUGAAAACGUUGGCAGAGUCUAUUAUUGAUCGAGAAUAUCAAGAGAGAAUGGUAGCUUUCAAUAUUCUGAAAGCCUCUGGUGCCACAGAUAUUGGCAAUAAUGAAAUACCAUUCAACAUUUCAGACUUAGAUGAAUUGAUGAAAAAUUAUGUUGAAACCUAUUUCUUUGCUAAUAAGGUAUUUUACAAAGAUAAAUUACCCGAGCUAACAAACCCGAUUGGAUCGGGAGCUUAUGGCACCGUUUAUAGAAUAUUUUGGAACAACCAAAAUAAGGUUGUAAAGGUAAUACCCAGGGCUAAGCAAGAUUAUCCGUUUUACAGAGAAGUUUUUAUACUAAUAUUUCUCAAUAUUAAGUAUAAACUUAAAGAGCUUGCCCAAGUGGAAACAAUAUUACGAGACGAAAACAACACAAUCUAUAUCAUUCAAGACGAAUUAGACCAAAACUUGGCAGAAUGGAAUCAAACAAACCCAAGCCGUUUUCAGAAAAUCAAAAUACUCAUUCAAAUAGCUGAUGCUCUUAAAAAGGUUCACGCUUUUAAUAUUGUUCAUCGAGACAUCUCAGCAAAAAAUAUUAUGAUAUCAUCGAAUGUAGUUACACUUGUAGAUUUUGGAUUCGGUAAAAUAUGUCUUGGAGAAGACAAUUCAUCUGGAGGUACAACCUUUUUCAGAUCUCCACAAGUAGCAGAAGGAGGUUUAUAUACUUAUAAGUGCGAUAUUUAUUCAUUUGGAAAAUUGUUAGAAUAUUGUGGUAUUGAUCAAGAAUUUAGCAACUUAUGUCAUAGAUGCACUGCAAGAGAAGAAGAACACCGACCAGAUAACUGGGAUAUUAUUAUUCAGGAAAUGAAGUCAAAAUUGUUUCAGAUAGUGUCAUUUUCUCCUAAACAAAUUGAAGCAAAUCAUAAUGUCAAGAUGAUCCUGUUAGUGAAAGGAAAUCUUCAAAACAUCCACGAACUUUUAUUGAUUCAAGGAAAUAAUAAUAUUGUAGCAACAGUUUUUAGUUGUAAAGAACUAUCCCAUGCUUCUGAUAUUGAGAAAUAUGUCGAAAUAGUGUGGGAAUUUUGUGAAGACUUUUUGGAAAAUAUAAAUGAAGAUGAAGUCAAUUUAAAAUUUGGAGAAGUCGUAAUUGGAAAUAUUGAAGUAGUAUGUAAGAUUUCUAGAAACUCUGAGUUGAUGAGUGGUUACGAAAUCAGGGACGUGGAUUUUAUUUCAACAAUCAUCAAAACCCAUGCAUAUUAUUCCACACCAUGUUAUCACUAUGCAUUAGAGUUGGUCAUUGGUUGUAAUUGCAACCAAAUAAUUUCCUUGUUGAGCCCUGAUACUAUUCCACUAGCAACUCACUUACUACCUGACCUUGAUUUAAUAGAUCUCAAACGACUUUAUGUGGUUUCAUAUUUGAUUUUACAUGAAAGAUACGUUGAAAGAAAUACCUCUCCAAUAUUUAUUAGUUUUCCAGAUGAUUAUUUGUUUGAAUCUUUAUACUUUCAGUUAACAAACUUAGGAAAUGAUUUAUACGUACCAAUUCAAUGUAAAAUAAUUCGUGAAUCUGGCGAUUUUAUUAUUGAGACACCAAAUGGAGACUCAUUAAGCAAUUACUACUUGUCCAAAAUGAUCCCAAAUGAUAGAAUAUCAUUAAUUAAAAGAGUAGGACAGACAUUUUGUUUCCUACAUCGUCACAACUUGGUUUACACGUGUUUGGAUUUUUCAAAUAUUAUCAAUGACAACGGUAUUUGGAAAUUAGCCUUCAUGUCAUUGAGUAACUUGGGUGAUGGCAGCGAAAUUCAGACAGUUGCUGGUACAAUGGAUUCAUAUAUCCCUCCAGAGAUGAUAGAAGGUAUUGAUUACUCUCAAGAAUCGGAUUUAUACUCAUUUGGAAUGUUUUGUUUACAUAUUUUAGAUGGAUGUGUCGAAGGUGAUAUUGAAAAAAGAAUUGAGGGCGUCAAAGUAUACGAAAAUACUUGUGAUAUAAAGCCACUACAACAAAUUUUACGUGGAGUACUAAGAUAUAACAAGAAGGAAAGAAUUAAGUCUGAAAUGUUGGGUAAUUUAUUGGAAUCAGUUGUAAUUUAUGAUUUUUGCAGAAAACCAUUUUAUAAGUGUUGCUGA